AUGAAUUGUACUUUCAAAAAUGGUAUCAAGAACGUGCAAAGAUGCAACUCAAGUCAGACAUUUGGAACUUCGUUAUUGCCAGGUUACUCGUUCUACGUCAGUGAUAAAGUUAUAGAUGCUGUACACGUUUUUGCGCGUGGUCUUCACCAAGUACUGAAAGCUACAUGCCCAACUCUCUCCAACUGUGAGCAAACCACCAAAAUAUCUGGCUCGUUAUUACUCGACACUAUCCGUAAUUCGAGUAUCCCAAGCGUUGAUGGCCGGAGAGUUGAUAUAGAUAGUGAAGGUGAGGUGAAAGGAGGAUAUACAUUUCAUUACGUCAUACCAGGAAACAAGAUUGGUACAUGGCAGAAUAUUAAUAUUGGUAGUUGGCUAGGUCGACUGAAAAUGAAUUCCAGCUCAAUUUCUGUCUUGAAGUCAAUCUCUGUUAAAGCACAAUGUUCUGAGCCAUGUAAAGACAACAAAAUUAAACAACGCAUCCCUGAAAAACCAGUUUGUUGUUGGACAUGCGUGGAAUGUCCGGCUGGUUCCAUUGCUAUUAACGAAACAACAUGUUAUGCAUGUGGGCAGGGAUAUUUGGCAAACGAACAAACAAGAAAAUGUAUCAAAAUUCAGAAACUGUUCUACAGUUUGGACAAAAGAAUCUCAAAGUUACUGGUCAUUCCGCCUCUCGUACUAUCUGUACUGGGAAUUGUUUGUCUUCUUUCCACUCUAUGUAUAUUCAUCAAGUUCAAUGCCAAUCCAUUGGUAAAAGCAUCUGGUCGUGAAUUGUGCUUUUUAUUACUAACUGGACUGUUGCUAUCAUUCCUUUUCCCUGUUGUUUGUAUCUGUAGGCCAUCACGCUUCAAAUGUCGGACGCAAUUUAUUCUUGACAGUCUUCCCCUCACAAUAUCCCUUGUUCCAAUUGCGAUGAAAACUAACCGCGUCGUUCGUAUUUUUGACCCAAGACGCAGAAUCACAGACCAACCUUCAUUCGCGCGUCCACUACCUCAAAUAAUUUUAUCCAUCCUGUUGAUCAGCAUCCAAAUUGUCCUCCUGCUUGCAUUGGUUAUCAUGCAGUUUCCCAAGGAGAAAAUUGUUUAUUUCUUAUCGACAGAAGUGCAUCUUGUUUGCAGCACAACGCAGACCCAGAUCCUUUUUGCACACGUGUAUAACUUAAUCCUGAUAAUAAUUUGUACUUACUAUGGUUUUAGAGUAAGGAAUACACCUAGUAAAUUUAACGAAGCCAAAUGCAUUGCAUUUGCAAUGUAUGCAUUAUGUGUGAUGAUCGUUGCAUUUUUUGUUGUUUUCGUGGUUGCUGCAACUGGAAGUUCAAAUGAGAUCCUUCAACAGGCUAUACAAUCCUACCGUGUUGUGCUAUUAGCCCAUGUCAUUUUAUUUUGUUUCUUCGCACCGAAAGUUUAUAUGGUCCUAUUUCAACGUGAACGUAUCAAAACCCACCAAAUUUCCAUUAAUGAAGAAACCGCAGCUGUCUGCAAUUCACAGACACACCAAGUUCUCGUGAGGUAA